AUUACUUCUGGUCUUCUCGUUUCUGCCGGGAUUCAGCGUUCUGUCUCCUUUUUAUAUGUCGAAAACAAUAGGCUACCGGUUCUGUAUCCCUCAUCAUCUGAACGAGCUUGAGAUCCAUUGAUUUCAUCGUAAAUAAAGCUGGUUGGAUCCUAACGAGCGUUUUUGCUUGAUCUAAAAUUGAAAUUCUCCGUCAAAUUAGUUUGUAACACAGUCGGCUCAACUUCAGAUCCCGCCAACGGUUUGCAGAGAUUUUUGUUGAUUGUCAAGUAGGUGGGAAGGAUAGAGUUUCUUUGAGGCCGAGGCCAUUUGGUCGAUUUGGAACUGCUGCUCGACUCUGAAAGAGCUUGGGUUAAGGAGGAUUUUGAUCGAGGUUCAGUGUAUUUUUGCCGUAAAUGUUCCAGAUGUGAUCGUACGUAGGCUGUGCAUCGACUGCUUGUAGGAAGAUUUCAUUUUUCAAGUUCCAUGUUCAAUUCAAUAAUCGGGGCUGGAGGUGUUCGUUCAUUUGGUUCUUUGAAUCUGUAAAUUAGGCUGUUCAGCGUUUACGGGGUUUGUCAUUCAAUCUAGUAUUUGGAAUUCUACUGUCCAAUGAUCUCGACGUUUUCCCAAAUCGUACUGGAUUUGCUGUUAUACGCUUAUUGAUUUGAAGACAAGUAAACUAAAGAGGAAAUACUCGUUUUUGCUAAGCGAGAGCUCUGCGGUGCAAGUUGGAUUCGACAAUGCAGGGUUUUAAAGCUAAUUGUAGAGUUGCAAUCGUGGUUAUUCUUUCGGUAUGUCUUGGUCUUGCUGCUCUGUACGGGCUAUUAAAACCCGUUCCAAAUGGUUGUAUCAUGACAUACAUGUAUCCUACAUAUAUUCCCAUUUCUACACCAGAGAAUGUCUCCUCUGCAAAAUACGGCUUGUUCUUGUACCAUGAAGGAUGGAAAAAGAUUGAUUACACGGAGCAUCUAAAGAAGCUCAAUGGUGUUCCCGUGCUUUUCAUCCCGGGCAAUGGUGGUAGCUACAAACAGGUACGCUCCUUGGCAGCAGAAUCUGAUAGGGCAUAUCAAGGAGGUCCACUUGAGCGUAUGUUUUAUCAGGAUGCUUUUCUCACUCCUGAGGAGGGAGGGGGGAAUAUGGAUGUGGAUGGAUUUAAAGUACCAAAUCAGUACACUUACAUGUUGGACUGGUUUGCUGUGGAUCUUGAGGGGGAACACUCUGCGAUGGAUGGCCGGAUUCUUGAAGAACAUACUGACUAUGUUGUAUAUGCUAUUCAUAGGGUUUUAGAUCAAUAUAAAGAAUCUCGUGAUGCCCGGUUGAAAGAAGGUGCAGAAAGCUCUCGAAGUUUGCCUAGAAGUGUCAUAUUGGUUGGACACUCCAUGGGUGGUUUUGUUGCCAGAGCUGCAGUUGUCCACCCAAAUUUGAGGAAGUCAGCCAUUGAAACUGUAGUAACUCUUUCAAGCCCACAUCAGUCCCCUCCUGUGGCAUUGCAACCAUCCUUAGGUCAUUACUUCUCACGUGUAAAUGAAGAUUGGAGGAAGGGAUAUGAGGUCCAAACCACCAACACAGGUCGCUUGGUUUCUAGUCCAACACUAUCUCAUGUUGCUGUUAUCUCCAUUUCUGGCGGCAUCCGUGAUUAUCAGGUUCGGUCAAAGUUGGAAACCCUUGAUGGUAUCGUGCCCCCAACUCAUGGCUUUAUGAUAGGGAGCUCAAGUAUGAAGAAUGUGUGGGUUUCAAUGGAACACCAGGCAAUUUUAUGGUGUAAUCAAUUAGUUGUACAGGUGUCCCAUACUCUUCUUAGCUUGAUAGAUUCCGAAACGGGUUAUCCUUUUCAUAGCACAGGAAAAAGACUAGCUGUAUUCACCAAAAUGCUUCGAAGUGGAAUACCACAGAGUUUUAAAUGGGUGGGGCAGUUACAACCAUCUAAGAUUUCGACAAGUGAAAAUGGAAAAAUUGCUUCAGAAUCUUCUGUACAGAAGCCUUGCCCCCGAUAUGUUCAUUGGAGUGAUGAUACCCUUGAGAGGGACCUGUACAUUCAGACUAAUACUGUUUCUGUUUUAGCAAUGGAUGGUAGAAGGCGGUGGAUGGACAUACAUAAACUGGGGUCAAAUGGAAAAAGCCAUUUUAUGUUUGUUACAAAUCUUGCUCCAUGUUCUGGUGUUAGACUUCAUCUCUGGCCUGAGAAGGGAAAAAGUGCUUCUGACGUGCCACCAAGUGAAAGAGUUUUAGAGGUGACAUCCAAGAUGGUGAAUAUUCCUGCAGGACCAGCACCAAGGCAGAUUGAACCAGGUAGCCAAACUGAACAAGCACCUCCAUCUGCUGUAUUUUGGUUAGGUCCUGAGGAUAUGCGUGGUUUCAGAUUCCUGACCAUCUCAGUUGCACCUCGUCCGACUGUCUCAGGUAGGCCCCCGCCAGCAGCUUCAAUGGGAGUUGGACAGUUCUUUAAUCCAGAGGAAGGGGAGAUAGAAUUCUCUCCUUUGUCAUUGCUACUUUCACCUUAUGCUCAAGAGGAAAUACUAUUGAAGGAGGAUCAUCCUCUUGUGUUGAAUCUAUCGUUCUCUAUAAGCUUAGGCCUUUUGCCUAUUACUUUGUCUGUAAAAACAGCAGGCUGUGGAAUCAAAAAUUCUGGGCUCCCUGUUGAAGAAGCUGGAGAUGUGGAGCAUAGCAGGCUUUGCAAACUGCGUUGUUUCCCACCUGUUGCCAUUGCUUGGGAUACUAUAUCAGGCCUUCAAAUAAUUCCAAAUUUGUAUUCUGAAACAAUUAUGGUUGAUUCUGCACCAGCACUUUGGGAUUCAACUCAAGGGUCAGAUAAGACCACACUUUUGUUACUGGUAGAUCCACAUUGCUCGUAUAAGAUUAGUGCUAUUGUCUCUGUCACUGCUGCUGCCAGUAGAUUUUUUCUCUUAUACUGUUCACAGAUAAUUGGUUUCUCCUUAGCGGUCAUCUUAUUUGCUUUGAUGCGACAAGCACGUGCUUGGGAGCUUGAUCUGCCUCUACCUUCCAUGCUGGCAGCUGUGGAAUCCAAUUUGAGAAUGCCUCUGCCAUAUCUCCUUCUAUCUGUAGUACCCAUUUUGGUGUCUUUGGUCCUUUCUUUGCUAACAUCCCAGAAAUUUCCUCCACUUGCCAGCUUCAUUAUCAUUUCCAUAGUUUGCUAUUCAUUUGCAAAUGGAUCGGUGAUUGUUCUGAUUUUGAUCACCCAAUUCAUCUUCUAUGUGGCUGCUAUUGUACAUGUUUUCAUCAAGACACGGUGGCAAUUGUGGGAGGAAAAGUUACGCUUCAUCCAUUGGUUCCUUGAUCUUUUCUCCAGUUUGUUUUCAUUUAAGGCACUAAGGAUUCUCAGAGGCAAUUCAACUUUUGUUAUAGCAUUUGUAGCAGUUAUUUUGGUGUGUUUUGUUCAUCCAGCGUUAGGUCUCUUUAUACUGCUGCUAUCUCAUUCUUUAUGCUGUCAUACUGCUCUCUGCAGUUUUUUGGCGGCUUCAUUUCGCAGUCAUGCAUGGAAAAAGGAGUUAGUUGAUUGCAAACGGGAGGGUGAGGAUGGAUCUGAUGAGUCCAAAUUCAAAUCUGGUGGUGGAUUCAAUCAAAUUCUUCCUGUGGAUGAAAAUUGUCCUAAUACCCCGAAUUCAGGGAAAAGCUUUUCUGACACACAAUUGGAAAUGUUUCAUUACCGCCAUGGCAUGCUAAUAUUGCAUCUUCUUGCGGCUUUCAUGUUCUUUCCAUCACUUGUAGCUUGGUUGCAGAGAAUUGGGAUGGGUGAAAGCUUUCCAUGGUUCAUAGACUCUGCUCUUUGCAUUGGUGUCAUUCUACAUGGGCUUUGUGGCUCAAAGCCUGGAGUGAACUCCCUUUCAUUCCCAUUCCUUCAUUUGUUUGGUCCGGACAUUGGUCUGAGCUUUGUGUAUCUGCUCGCUGGGUAUUAUUGCUACAUUUCUGGCCUUGAGUUGGCUCCUUACAGAGCAUUUUAUGCCAUGGCUGCUGUUGGUGUGRUUCUUUUUGCUUUGAGGGUCAUUGAGAGGAAGGGCUUUUCCUCAGAUAGCUAUUUUGGCAACCGAAAGCACUCUCACAAACAUUGAGGAAGCUUUCCUUCAGAUAGCUAUGCACACUGAAGAACAGAAGUGGGUAAACAUUCUCUUGUACAUGUUUUUGUCAAGUUAUUUGCUGAUACAGUAACGGGAACAAUGGACAUGGCCUGGUUUCCAGCGGUUUUGCGGCUCAGAUUUGUCCUUGACACAAUUUAGAUUUUAGACUCUUGUUUAUUGAUGAGGGAAAUGGGAAGCAGAAAAGCUGUUUAAUUGUUUUAAUCAGUUUGGUGAAUCUCUAUAACAAUUGCCGAACAAAUUAAUCAAAUGUUGUAUAAAGUACUAAAUGCUGAGCAGCUGGACUUUUGAUUGAUUCCUUAAAGCUCAUUUGACCUUGAUUCAUCUGAACUUGCCCAUUGGCACUGGAUCAUGGAUGGUUUGCUGGCUGGAACAAGGUGGAUCUAGCUAGUGCAACAAUGUAGCCUAAAACUAAAAGCUACGGAAGAAGUUCGUGGACCUGCCUGUUCCUCUGAUACUCUCGUUAUCAUCUUGGUAUACUCUCUUGUUAUACAUUAAUAUACGAUGCUUGAUGUGAGGAUUACCUGUGACUGAGAA